AUGGAUGCCGAUAUCAAUCACAUCGACAACAAUGAUAAUGAUGAAGAUGAUGCUGGUAUAUUCAGCAUCGCAAAUGACUGCCAAAGUGAGGACGGUGACGCCCUCACUGGUGAAGACGACGUUCUUUCAGCAGUGCACACGAAGCGCACUACUGCUGACAAGGAUGAAUCAGCAGAAGAAUAUCUGCAGACGCUCGAAGCAGUUGUCCGCUUCGUUCAAGCUCUAUUGCAGAUGCACUAG